GGACAGGUGCAGCCUAUAAAGAGCUGCGCCUGGGCGGGCGCCGAGCCUUCAGUCUGAAAACAUCCUCAAACUUGCUCAGAGGUUGAAAACAGUGAAACGUCAACAGUUCUUGCCAAGACUCCUCCUUCAGACUCAAGACAAGCCGCCAAGCCCUGAAUCAGCUCACCAUGCUGGCUCCUUCGACUCUCGUGCUCGCGGGUCUCACCGCCCACGCCGCCGCCAAGACCAUCCCGGUGGUCGUCGGCAAGAACGGGCUGACGUUCCAGCCCGACGAGAUCCAGGCCGAGGUGGGCGACGUGCUCGAGUUCCGCUUCUACGCCAAGAACCACAGCGUCGUGGCCGGCGACUUCAGCAAGGCCUGCGUCCCGGCCGAGGAGAAUGGCUUCUUCUCGGGCUUCUUCCCGACCACGGGCACCGGCGCCAACGUAAGGGGACACCCCACCCCCCAACCCCUUUCCUCUCUUCUCAUCCGGCAGUCAGUUACUGACCCAGGCCCCGGACCACAACAGAGCCAAGUCUUCCACGUGACGGUCUCGCACACCAACCCGGUGCCGAUCUACUGCUCGCAGAACACCGGCCAGCACUGCAAGAACGGCAUGGUGGCCGUCAUCAACCCGGACACGUCCGGCAACAGCGACAUGACGCUGCAGGCGUACAAGUCGCUCGCCAGCCAGGCCGGCAACGCGAUCUCGCCCCCGGGCGGCGUCUUCGGCGGCCAGGUCGCCCCCAACCCCAACGCCAACUCCUCCUCCUCCGCCUCCGCCUCCGCCCCCAGCACCACCUCCUCCUCCGGCGGCGCCGGCGCCGGCGGCUACGGCGGCGACUCCGGCUCCGGCUCCGGCUCGGGCCAGACCACCGCCGCGCCCUCGGCCUCGGGCGCCGCUGCUGGCGGCAGCCCGACCACCACCGGCGCGUCUGCUAGCCCCUCCAGCACGAACGCCGCAGCGGUGGCGACGGGCGCGCCGAUUGCGGGCCUGCUCGCUGCGGCGGUUGGUGCGCUCUUUGUUUGAGUAGCCCGAGGUAGUUAGAGGCUUUGUUUGUUUGUUUUUUCGCUCACGAAGCUGUUUGCGGAAAUGUGUAAUGUGGUGUGUGUGUGUGUGUCUAGCCUGUUCCGGCGGACUGGGUGUUCCCCUUUGUCUGUCU